AUGACUUAGGCAGAUUAUCACUGACGAUUUUCUAAAACUGAACUUACUAUAGUAAAGAAUGAGGAAUGUUAACGUAGACCAUAUAUGGAGGACACUGGGUCCGUUAGGAAAGUAUCAGUUGAAACAACAAGCUAUAUAUCUCUUGUCGCUGAUAUCCUGGGCUUUUCAAGGACUUAACAUUGUCUUUAUAGGACACAGACCAGGUUUCCAUUGCAAACCCACUCAUAAUGGCACUCUUAUGAACAAUACUUUGGGGAUACAGAAAGACUACGAACAGUGUGAGAUAGUGAGUUAUGUCAACACAUCUGAUGGUGUUUUAGAGACAUCAACACCGUGUGAAAACGGCUGGGAAUAUGAUUCUCCAGCAGACCGAUCAUUUGUUACAGAGUGGAAUUUAGUUUGUCAGAAUGCCGAACUCGGAGAACUGACUCAAGUUCUCUACCUGGCCGGCAUGAUGAUCGGAACUUUCGUCUUUCCAACACUUUCAGACCGAUUUGGUAGAAAGCCUGUUAUGAUUUUGAGUCACGUGGUCUUCUUCGGAGUGUCGCUUGCAACGGCUUUUAGUGCGAACUACGUAGUUUUUGUGAUUUUUAGAUUUUUGACGGGCUUGUUUCAACAGGGACUGUUAGCGGGUACAACGCUGUCUUUGGAAACAUUUCCAACUGAAAUACGACAUUACUGUGCAGUCUGGGCACUGCUGUUUUGGACGUCUGUCACUGCUUUGAUGUCUCCUAUAGCCUACGCACUGAGAGAUUACCCGUGGAAAUAUAUACAGAUUACAUACGCUAUGUGCAGUGCAUGGUCCAUUCUUCAAUGGUGGACGAUUGACGAGUCUUUAUGCUGGGUGAUAGCAAACAACCAGAUUGACAGAGCAAAGGAAAUAAUCAAAAAUGCCUGUAAAUGGAAUAAGAAGAACUAUGGAGAAGUAAUGGAGACAAUUGGUUUGGGUGAUCUGGUUGAUACUGAUAGUAAAGCGCUUCCAAUGAAUAAUCAAUCAAAAUCCAAGAAUGUAGAGUAUUCGCAGAUUAGUGAGGCGAACAUGGAUGCCUUCUUUCGACAGAUUUCCGGCAUUGACUACCCAUCUCACGGCCAGAAGAAUGGCAACAUAGGAAAUAACAGCGCAGAUCUAGAUCCAUUGAUUCUACCGAUGCCGAAAUUUAAAGAUUCAAAUGACAACCUGAAAAAUGGAGAAUUUGAUGACGAUAAAAUAGAAGUACGGAAAUACACAAUGUUUGAUAUUUUCAAACAUAAACGCAUCUUGAUAGUAUCGAUGAUAUUGUGGUACACUUGGAUUUGUGACAGUUUUGUGUACUACGGCCUUUACCUGUCAUCCUCAGCUCUCUACGGGGACAGAUACAUCAAUUUCUUCUUGAGUGCAUUGGUGGAGUAUCCCUCUUGUUUUAUGCAAUAUUUUAUUUUACAUAGAAUCGGUAGAAAAUGGACAGCGGUGAUUGGUCACUGUAUUGCUGCCAUAGGUUUAGGCGUUGCCACUGCAUUAACUUUCACUGCUGGAGAGAACACUACUAUGUUAGGAGCUGCCACAGCUUUUAUGCUAAUCGGGAAGAUGGGUAUCACCACAGGAUAUAAUACCGUAUAUCUAACAACCCCAGAACUUUAUCCGACUAAUAUGAGAAAUAUUGGUCUUGGAGUGUGUUCUUUCAUGGAAAAAGUUGGGUCUAUGAUAGCACCUUUUUCAAGAAAUGUGUCAAGUAAAAUUGGAUGGUUACCGCCCUGUGUAUUUGCCGUCAUGUGUCUUAUAACAGUACUGCUGUUUGCAUUUGUGCCGGAAACGAACGGCGUAGAGCUUCCACAGACAAUAGAAGAACUUAGUGAUUGGUACCGCGUGAACAAGUUUGAACUUAAAAUUGGUAAAAACAAACGCGCCAGUAAGAAAACGGAGGACACAGAUACAAAAAAUGAUCAAAUAUAGACAUAUUUAGUGUUUUACAUCGUCAAUAAAAUUUGCCUUACAAAGCUUUGUAUAAAUAUACGUCAUGCAUAUUGUUAUGUAUUUAUAAGAAGAAAAGCACACAUGACAAGGUUAUUAUAGACCUGUCAGCCUUCUUUCAGUCACAUAAAAGAUCUUUGUGAAAGCCAUCUGCACACAGUUUCUGGAGCAUUUUGAUUGUAUUUUCAACCCUAUUUUUUGGGCCUUCAGGCCAAAGUAUGGCUGUAAUACUACCCUGCUGAAAAUCUCAGAAGACUGAAAAAGAGCACUUGACUCUAAGAAGUAUCUAGCUGCGAUACUGAUUGAUCUCUCAAAGGCCUUUGAUUGUUUACUCCAUAACCUCCUUCUGCUAAAGCUUCAACACUACAAACUGUCAGAACUCAUUAAGAGUUACUUGUCCAACAGAAAACUUUGUGUUAAACUUGCUCUUGUAACAGCUCCUUCAGAGAUGUGGUAAAGGGUGUUCCCCAGGGAUCAAUACUGGGUCCUAUUUUGUUAAACAUUUUCAUGAACGACAUUUUCAGUUUCAUCACCCAGUCUGACUUGUAUAACUAUGCAGAUACUAUUUCAUUUGCUAGUUCUUCUCAAGCAAACUUAGUAAGUGUUCUUAAAUCAGAGAGUCUGAAAAUUAUCAAAUGGUUUGCAGACAAUUUUCUUGCAAGCCAACCCUGAGAAAGUCCAGGCUAUAUUCCUGGGGGCUAGGACACAUGACCUUCAUCUUACUUUUAAUUUAAAUGAUACAAGCAUCAAGUGUGAAGACGAAGUAGUCCUGCUCGGUGUUACGUUUGAUUUUUUGUUGAACUUUAAGUCCCAUGUUGACAAAAUAUAUAAAAAAGCAUCUAAGCAAUUAAAUAUUAUGAAGAGAAUUGGUUGUUACUUGACGAAACGUGACAGGUUGUCUAUGUAUCACUCGUUUAUAUUGUUAAACUUUAAUUAUUCCCCUUUGAUCUGGCAUUUUAGUGGCAAAAAAAUGCAUCUAAAAUAGCAAAAAUACAGCAUAGGGCUCUUAGAUUUAUAUACAAUGACUAUGUUACUUCAUAUGAAACUCGGCUUGAUAAAUCUGGUCUUCCUAUGCUUGGAACUAAGGAAUGAGAGCAAAAGCUUUAGAGGUUUUCAAAUUUGAAACAAGAAUCCGAAGAAUCUACAUGAUUUUAUUAAUAUAAAAGACUCCCAUUUCAAUUUUAGGUAUACAAAUACAGUUUAACUGCCAAAGAUUAGAACAACUAGGUAUGGAUUAAAUUCAUUCAGGUACUCUGCUGCUAAACUAUGGAACUCACUCCCAAAUCAUUUUAGAGAAAUAACUUCAUUUUCUCAGUUUGAAUCAAUGAUUGCUCAGUGGGAUUGUUAGUCUUGCUCGUGACCUGCAUGCCUUAGUAGUUUGGCUUACCAUUUGUAUUUCUUAACUCCUGUGAUCUUGUGAAUGAAUUGUUUUGUGAAUUUCCAAUGUUUUGUCCAAUUUGUAUUUUUGUUUGCAUAUUAGACCUUUCUAACGUAAACGUAAAUCGGAAAAGGAUUACUGAUUCCGUAAAUGUUAUUUGCAAAUAAUGGUCUAAGGGAGAUACUAUUGCAUUAAUGUUGGUUGAAAUUGUCUCCCAUAGACCACAAAUUAGCCUAAAAUUUUAAGGAUUCAGUAUUCCGUUUCGUAAUUACGUUUACGUUAGAAAGGUCUAAUAUUAGCAGCAUAUAUCAUAAUUAUUUCGCAUGUGUUUUUUGCCAUUAUGUACUGGUUAGGUACCGUGUCAUUUUGGAAUUGUGUUUACUGUUAAAGGCGAUUAAGAUAUGUAAUAUGUUUCACUUGUGUCAAACUGUUUAUCUUAGUAGUAUGCUAGUCUGUUUUUAACUGUGAAGUCUUAUUACUGCUAGUCUUUAAUACUUAUAAUUACCAUUUGCUAUCUUAUGCUCGUAGUCUUAACUUAGUUAUCAUCGUGAUAUUCAAUAUGUGUUUCAUAGUUUUAAGAUUCCUUAUCUUGAUAUGCUUAAUUUGCUUUGCUUUUGUUAUCAUGUCAUGCAUGUC